AUGAGUCCUCGAAUUGAUAGCUUCAGCACGCUCGAUCAUGACGGCGCAUCUAAGAGACUACAGCCGGGCGAAGAUACUGUAGCUGGAGGCAUGGACCAAUAUGGAUCUUCAAACGUUGCUACUUCAACAGGGAGUCUGAGAGAUCUUCGACCAUCAACUUUCAAUAAGUGUCUUUGGAACACCGGGAAGAAAGCCAAACAUCGUAUGUGUGGAAGUUGGUUUCGCACAGCGGCAUUCGAGGACUUUCAGUAUGAUGUUUCGCCAUAUCAUACCGAAGAUGAGUUCAUGGCUUUGUACGGGUCAAGUUGUUAUCAGCCUCCAGAGACAUGGCUUACGAAACCAACACUAUGGCUUCCUGAGGAUAGUGCUAUUGGCAACUGCCUCGAGGCCCCAGAUAUCGAAGAACCUCUAUCAAUAUCGCACGAUGGAGCACAGGUAGAUGAGAAACGACGAGUGAAGUUCGAUCUGGAGCUUGCUCCGUUUCGUGAUGAUCUUUUGUUCUAUCGUCAUUUCCAUCUUAUUCUAUAG